AUGGAAAGUUUAGACGUCGCGAAAGGGCUGAAGUCCCAAUACUCGAUGUCACGACGCGAGAAGUGCCAGUCGGGAGCCGCGCUGCUGCGGAGUCUGAGAGGAGUGGUCAGACUUACUCACGUGGCUUCGGGUGCAGAAUCUGCCCAGUCCAACCGGCACGACGCAUCACGGCUCAACUCGCCCGUCUACGGCCCGUCUCAUCAUCGAAAACGCUUCCUUGCUUCACGCACAGCUUACCAAGUAGCUCUGGCUACGUUGAUGGCGGCAAAGGAUGACGACUGUGUGGAAAUUCACGUGACCUCCAUCCUUGGCCAAGGUUACGCAAAGCAAGUUCGUGGUCUGGAGGCCAACGACGGGCCGUUCUUUUGGACCGGCCUAGCCCUGUAG